AUGUACGGCUUGUCGAUCUCAAGGUCGGACGAGGACGGGGAGCCGCCGACAGUCACGGCGGUGGUACGAGGACAGGGCGAGCUGAUCUCGCUGCUGAAGGCGACCGGAUGCGACAUGGACGAGCGGAUGAAGGACGGGAGGACAGGGCUACAUGUAGCAGGGAUGCUGGGGAGGGCGGGGAGCGUGAGGGAGCUGAUCGAGGCAGGAGCGGAGGUACUAGCGAAGGACAAGGAAGGGAAGACGUUGGUGCACUGGGCGGCAGAGUACGGACAUUUGGAGGUACUGAAGACCGUAGAGGAACAAUGCGGGAAAGAGGCUCUGAGCACCUUGACGUUGGAGAAGAGCUAUGACAGCAGGACAUGCGCGCAUUUGGCGAGUGAGGGAGGUCACUUGGAGGUGCUGCGGUAUGUUGCAGUGACAUGCGGGGAGGAGGUGCUGAGGGAGAAGGACAAUGACGGCAGGACUUGCUCGCACAUGGCGAGCAUGGGAGGGGACGUUAGGGUAGUACGGUAUGUGGGGAGGACAUGCGGGGAGGAGGUGCUGAGGGAGAAGGACAAUUACGGCAGGACAUGCGCGCACUGGGCGAGUGAGGGAAGUCACUUGGAGGUGCUGCGGUACCUUGCAGAGACAUGCGGGGAGGAGCUGCUGAGGGAGAUGGCCAAUCACGGCAUGACAUGCGCGCACUGGGCGAGUAUAGGAGGGCAUCUGGAGGUGCUGCGGUAUCUUGCAGAGACAUGCGGGGAGGAGGUGCUGAGGGAGAAGACCAUUGACGGAUGGACAUGCUUGACUUGUGCUCGUAAGUGCAGUGACUCAAAUGUCAAGGAUUAUCUUAGAUCUUUAGGUAUAGACUAA